CAGGGUACACUGAAGACACAUCAGCACGUGCAUAGUGGGGAAAAGCCAUUUAGGUGUGAUAUAUGUGAUAAGUCAUUUAAUAGGCAAAGUAAUCUGAAGACACAUCAGCGCAUACAUAGUGGGAAGCAGUCAUUUAGAUGUGAUGUAUGUAAUAAGUCAUUUAAUCUGCAAUGUAAUCUCAGGAAGCAUGAGCGUAUACAUAGUGGGGACUGGCCAUUUACCUGUGGUGUGUGUAGUAAGACAUUCGGAGUGAAGGGUACACUGAAGAGACAUCAGUGCAUGCAUAGUGGGGAGAAGCCAUUUAGGUGUGACAUAUGUAAUAAGUCAUUUAAUCAGCAAUGUAAUCUGAGGAGGCAUGAGCGUAUACAUAGUGGGGAGAAGCCAUUUACCUGUGAUGUGUGUAGUAAGACAUUCAGAGAGAAGGGUACACUGAAGUCACAUCAGCACGUGCAUAGUGGGGAGAAGCCAUUUAGUAGAUGUGAUGUAUGUAACAAAUCAUUCAGUCGGCAGACUUAUCUGCAGACACAUCAACGCAUACAUAGAGGGGAGUGGCCAUUUAGAUGUGAUGUAUGUAAUAAGUCAUUCAGAGAGCAGAGUACGCUGAAGAGACAUCAGCGCAUACAUAGUGGGGAGCGGCCAUUCAGAUGUGAUGUAUGUAGCAAAUCAUUCAGUGAUCAAGGUCAUCUGGAGAGGCAUCAGCGCAUACAUGUUGAUGUAUGUAGUAAAUCAUAGAGCAGUAGAGAUGGGUUUUGACUGAGGAACAGUUUGUGACAUGUAGCAUGCCACAGUAUUUCAUGUUGAUAUAAGACAAUUUUUUUACUCUGUGUUGCAUGCUGCAUGUUUGUGGAAUACAAGAUAUUGGAGUUGUUUGUUAACUAUUUCUGACGUGGAAUGAACUGAGUCUCAUGGUACAAACUGUUAUUGGGUAUCGGUGGCCGUUUAAUUCUGAUUGCUGAAUGUGUACAAGACCCUGUCUUGUUGAGUGGAAACAGACAUGACAUGAAAUUCUCCUAGUUAUGUUAAUUCAGCAGUGGAAGCUAAUAAUUAGUAGAAUUUAGUCACCGAAAUUUAUUGACAGCUUAAAAACAUAAUUUUCCAGCGUCAUUUGUUACUCAUGCGUUGAGCAGUUAGUCACAUAUUGCUACAUCAUUUGGGUUGAGUAUAUUGAGAUAACUAUUAUGGAUUGCUCAGAUGAACACAAACUAUGCUUUAUUGGUCAUUGCAAGCAAAAUAUUGUCUCUUGUUCAGGGUUCUGUGAGAAGAAAUGAAUGGAUUCUGGAUUAGGUGAAGCUGUGUA